CACCCACACACGGAGCCUGGUCCUGUGCUCACCUCCUCAUUCUCCUCCCUCCCAGCCUCCCUCGCUCUCUCUCCUACACACUCUCUUUUUCCAUCCUCAUCCCAUCCCUUCAUCGCUCAUGAUUCAUCUCUCCACUUCCUCCAGCCUCCCCUAGGCACUGACAACCAACCCCAUACUCGCAAUUCGGCCCGCUAUGCCUCGUCGGCGCCCGCCCGGUGCGGGCCCCGGAUUCCGGAAGACGACGGCCCUCAUCGCGAUCCUCUUUGUCCUGCCCUUCGUUACCACGGCCGCUCAGCAGCAGCAGCAUGUGCCGCAACACAAUGCCUCCUCCGCUUCUUCCUCCCCCGACGCCUACCUCGAUGCCAAUCCCCCACCCAACUCACCUACGCCACCACCCUCGAAGCGAAACCCCUACACGCCGCUGAUCGUCCAGAACGAGCGCGCCGUAGCUACUGAAGUCUCCUCUGCUCCAGCCGAUCGUGCUGUCAGAGCCCCUCAUGCCAGGAACGCUGCCGCCCCUUCGGCUGGCCUCACGCCCAAGAGUGCGCGUUCCCUGCAGGAUUGGGAAGUCGAGGACUUUGUGCUCUUGGCGACCGUCGAUGGAAAGAUCCAUGCCAGAGACAGGUACAACGGCCACGAGAUAUGGGCCCUCGACCUCGGCCAGCCCAUGCUCGAGACCAUGUACAACCACAAUGGCUCCGACGGCAACACCCCCAUCCACGACCCCUUCUUGUGGAUCGUCGAGCCCGUCGAGAACGGUGCCCUCUAUAUCCUCAAGCCGGGCCCCCAUCCCGUCCUCUCCAGCUUGCGCAUGACGGUCAAGCAGCUGGCCGAGGAGCUUUCCCCCUAUGCCACCGGCGACUUUGUCUACCUUGCUGACAAGAAGAGUUUCUUCUUCACCGUCAAUGCUCAGACCGGACAGGUCACCAGCACCCAUAGUGUCAACGGCUCUAAUGUACGCGACGAUCAGAGUUGCCAGCCCAAGGACCACGACUUCCUGGCCGUCGGCGCCAAGGAGCGUGAAUGCAAAGGCAUCUUCAACAUCGCCCGCACCGAAUAUAGAAUCAGCAUCCAGAAUCAGCUCACUGGAGAGGCCAUUUGCAACAUCAAGUACUCGGAAUGGUCGACCAACAACAGGGACCGCGAUCUGCAUGCCCAGUACUUGACCACCAUGGACAAUCAGUACAUCUACACGAGAUACGACGGCCACGCCAUCUCCAUGGAUUACAAUAGGCCCAAGCCAGCGAAGCGCCCCGUGUUUGAACAAAAGUUCUCGUCGCCCGUGGUGCGCGUUUUCGACGUAGCAAGACCGCUCGACAAUGAGAGACCGGACGCUCCUCUGGUCCUCCUACCCCAGCCCCCAGGGCCGGCGUUUACAGAGGACCGAAUCAAGCAUGUAUGGCUCAACACCACCGAAGACGGAAGUUGGUAUGCCCUGUCCGAGAUGAACUACCCUGCUGUUACCGAUCAGGCACCCCGCGCCUUGUGCUACAGUCCAGAGUGGAGCAACAACGAACUGCUCAACAUAGACACACAUGCGCUCCCCGACAGGCGCGGACUGGUCGGUGUCCACAUUCUGGACCAUGUGGGAGAGGCUCGGCACGCCGUUCCGGGAAUCGAGGGACCCAAGCACGACGAGGAGCCCGUCGGACCGAUCCCGGAGCUUCCAGAGCGGCCCACGUAUUCGCCGGUAGAGACGAGGGCUGACGAUCACCGCGUUACCAUUGAGUCGCGAAGCUGGCUGAAGACGUGGACCACAAUCGUGGUUGUCGUGGUACUAAGUGGCUAUUACUUUGGCCUGGGUCAAUCGACAAGUUUCCUGGAGUUCAGGGACAACCUCCGAUCCAGGUUCGGCAAGAUGGCGCAUUCGGAGCCGCAGAAGAUUGCAGUCCCUUUGGUUGAGCGGACUGAACCGCCCAUACCCGAACUCGUAGCCGAUCCUCCCACUGCUGAAGCUGCGCCUGCCGAAGCUCGGGUGGAAGAGCCAGCCGUGGUUGACAACCCUGUAGAAGUGGAACUUGAGAAGAAGGUCCGGUUCGACGUGCCGGAUGAGGAGGAUGAUCUCGAGCCCCUCUCUCGUACCACCACUGCAGAAACAUUGACCGAGGGCGGGCAUGACGCCAACGGAAUCGUGGAUACAGCUGCAGAGCCAGGUCAAACAGCGGCCAAUGGCGAAGUGACCCCCACUAGCACCCCCAGGAAAAAGAAGGCGCAUCGUGGCAAACGAGGAGGCCAGAAGAAGAAGAAACCCAAGGACGGCGACGAUGUGGAUCAGUCGGUCAAUGCCGCGAGGGAGCUUGAACAAGAUCCGGCGCUGCAUCCCGAUGAGGUCAUUCCUGCGGGCGAUGAUGUGCAGGAUGUGUCCAAUAUCAAGAAAAUUGGGAAGCUGACGAUUGACUUUGAUCGUCUCCUUGGCAAUGGUAGCGGAGGAACGUUCGUGUUCGAAGGGAAAUGGAAUGAACGCGAUGUCGCCGUCAAGCGAAUGCUGCCCCAGUACUAUGGACUGGCGGAGCAAGAAGUGAAACUACUUCAGGAAAGUGACUUUCACCACAACGUCAUCCGUUAUUUCGACGAUGAAAAGGACGAGAACUUCCUCUACAUCGCAGUAGAGCUCUGCCAAGCGAGUCUCUUUGAUCUCUACCGCGAUGGCAGGGCCGGCGAGGAGCUCACCGAGCGUCAACGACAACUCGUAGCCGAAAUCAACGCCGAUGUUCCAGGGGCCCUGCGUCAGCUUGCCGAGGGUCUCAACCAUCUGCACAGCUUGAGAAUCAUUCAUCGCGAUAUCAAACCUCAGAACAUCUUGAUAGCGUACCCAACUCGUAAUCAGAAAAAGGGCCCUCGUCUGGUGAUUUCUGACUUUGGCCUUUGCAAGACGCUCCCCGACAACGUAAGCACGUUGAUUGGAACGACUGGAAAUGCAGGCACAGUGGGCUGGAAGGCUCCCGAGCUUAUCCUACAGCCCAAAGACUUGGACAGAGGCAGCUCUACAGGCCAGUCUCGCGAUUCUUCCAGUUCGACCGAUCCCGUCGCUCAGGGCGUCAAGCGCGCUGUCGACAUCUUCUCGCUUGGCUGUGUCUUCUUCUACGUCCUGACCAACGGCUCCCAUCCCUUCGACGACGAGGAAGGCUGGAUGCAAAUGCGCGAACUGAACAUCAAGAAGGAUAAGGCCAACCUCGACCAACUCAGCUUGGGCAACGAUUCGGAAGAGCCCCGCCACUUGAUCCGCUGGAUGUUGUCCAACCGGCCCGAGGACCGCCCUACGGCACUGCAGGUCAUGAACCAUCCUUUCUUCUGGCCCGCAGAGAAGCGCCUCAAUUUCCUCUGCGAUUGCUCCGAUCACUGGGAGCGCGAGUGCAGAGACCCUCCCAGCCACCAUCUCUCCAUCCUCGAGAGCUUCAGCGAAGCCGUCAUCAGCGACGGCAAAAAGUCCGAUUUCCUGGCCAAGUUGCACAGAAGCUUCGUGGCCAGCCUAGGCAAGCAGCGCAAAUACACGGGGGACCGGAUGCUGGAUCUGCUGCGGGCGCUCCGCAACAAGAAGAACCAUUACGAGGAUAUGGACGAGUCGGUCAAGGCGCUGGUGGGAGAUUUGCCGGAGGGGUAUCUGAGGUAUUGGACCAGCAGGUUUCCGAAUUUGCUGAUGUGUUGCUACGAAUGUGUUGUCGAGUGUGGGUUGCAGAGGGAGCCGAGGUUUAGGCCAUACUUUGAGCACAUGAACGUGUCUUAGGGAGGGUACGCGAUGAGGAGAGCUGGAGGAGCGAGAUGGGUGUAUGUAUGAGCUUAUUGUUGGAGAUGAUAACUAGUUUGCAAUUUCGUUUCAUCCUUCCCGCUGCGAUCUGGAGGGGCCGGUGCAUUGUAUC